CACAGUGACCAAAUGCCCUUUAAAUGUGACUACUGCCAGCGGCUAUUCAAGCAUAAGCGUAGUCGCGACCGACAUAUCAAACUCCACACAGGGGACAAAAAGUAUCGCUGUCCACAUUGCGAAUCUGCCUUCUCCAGAAGUGACCACCUUAAGAUUCAUCUGAAGACACAUGAUCAUGCCAAGCCUUUCCAGUGCACUGUCUGUAACCGCGGUUACAACACCGCGGCAGCGCUGACUUCACAUAUGCAGAACCACAAGAAAGAAUCUGCCCACACUUCCUCUAACGCACAGUUACAGUCCCAGACAUUCCGAUGCCUCCAGUGUUCGGCGUUUUUCAGCAACGCUAAGGAUCUCCAGGCCCACGUCGAGACCCACCGUGAAGGGAGCGCCUCACCGAAUGAGAAAACGAGCCAGUGUGCCUUUUGCCAUGAGUUCUGCCCUAGUCCAGGGGCUCUCCGACUACACGUGGAACAAAGCCACCCCUCCGAGGCUCAAGGCAAAUGCCCAGAAUGUCGAGAAAUCUUCCCUUCACUACAAGCCUUGGUCCACCAUAAAAAGAUUCACACUGAUGUGGAAAUGGAGAAUGUUGAUGAGACUGUUGAAAAGAAGAAAGAAUCUAAUAAGUUCCUCUGUGGAUUCUGUGCGAAAGGUGGUUUUUCAACACUGGAUUCAUUACAGCUACAUGUGCAAAAUGAACAUGUGCCAGCAUCACGUGAAGACGUGGGCCAGUUUCUGCUAAAUUCCCCGUCAUUUGUUAAUCUUUCUUCUUUAGCUCUUACGUGGCAGCAGCAUCAAGUAUAUAGCAGUAAGGGAAACUUUACCUGCGAGUACUGCAAUAUGAAAUUUGGUAGCGUUCACAGUCUUCAAAAACAUACACUUACUGUUCAUAGUUUUACGGAUCUUUUAUCAAAAAUACAGGAAAACGUUUUCUGUUCACAGUGCAAGUUGGGAUUUCCUAGUGCCGGUGCUCUUGCAGAACACAUGAAUACGUUGCAUGAGGGGAGAAAAAACGAAAGUCCAAAUAAUGACCCAAGUCCAUCUGCAUCGAAAGACUCCAUAUUAAAUACGCCUCCCGGCAGCAAUGUCGGAUCCUGGGAUAAAUCUUCCAUGCAAACGAAAUCUCAAUCAACAAAAGAAUUGCCAAUCAAUGAGACCGUUCCUCAUUUCCCACACAACGGCCCUUUACUAUGUAGUCAAUGUAAUGCAGCUUUUCCGGAUUUUGAGUCUUUCCGAACUCACCUGAAAACGCAUUUAGAUGCAGUAAUUCAAAAAUAUACAUGCAGUGAGUGUGAGGUCGAGUUUCCCACGGAACAACAACUGGAUGCGCACGUGAUGACACAUUUCUUAUCAACGUCAACAGAAUAUGGUUGCAGGUGUUGUCUUAAGCUUUUCUCCAAACCAGAUGAACUUCAGAAACAUUUAAUGGAUAUCCACGCCCACCAUCUCUAUAGGUGUUCCCUCUGUAAGGAAAUAUUUGAUUCUAAGGUUAGCAUUCAAGUUCAUUUUGCCGUGAAGCAUAGCAACGAAUGCAGGCUCUUUAAAUGCACGAGCUGCAAUGCAGUGUUCCGUUCUGAAAUGGAAUUCCAACUACACGUUAAAGUAAUGCACUUGUUCAAAAUUCACCCUUUUCGUUGCUUACUUUGUGAUCAAUGUUUCUCAACGGAAUAUCAGCUUCAGUAUCAUAUGAACACUCACAAAAAACAGUUCUCUUGCGCUGUAUGUGAUGAAGCCUUCCAUGUUGAGUUUCUUCUCGAUAAACACAUGCAAGUUUGUCACAACAGUGAAGUUAAGGGUUCAUCAGUGGACAGCCUAAAUAACCAACCGUCCAUAUCUACUGACGGUGUACAGAAUCUUAGCCUUAAGCCAUCAAAUCAUAAACAAGAGACGCCGUUAUCCUCAGUGGAAUACAGAAAACAUUUUAGCUGUGAAAUAUGUGACGGCAUUUUCUCGUCAGAGACACACUUGAACUCCCAUCGUCGACAAGUUCACAAUGUCCGAACUUCAGGUUUUCAAAAGUCCGGACAAACAGCUUUUAGUUUGUUUUGUGCCUAUUGUAACGAAUCCUGUAAAUCUCGUUCAGAAUUGGAAAACCACAUGAAAGCGCAUAUUGUCAGCCCCUCUAAACAUAAAUGUAACAUUUGUGAUGAGCUUUGUCCUACUGCAGCAACGCUGGCAGAACACAAGCUUAGCCACUGUAAAGUAAUGACAGGAAGCAUGUGUGUGACUUGCAAGAAAACUGUACAGAACGAAGAAGAAUUUUACAAACACAUUCAACAGCACAACGCAAAUGGACUCCCAGUUCCGUGCGUUGUUUGUCGACAAACUCUAAUGUCAGACGUAGAAAUCCAAGUCCAUGCUAAGUUUCACUUGAAAGCUUGUGAUCCUCUUUAUCCCUGCUGCGUGUGCGCAAAACAGUUUGAAGGUAACAAACUCAUAAUCACGGGGAAGCAAGACAACGGUCAUACUUACAUGUGUAAAGAUUGUUUUCAUGCGAGAAGCGAGGACCUGCGUUGUCCUGAGUGUAAGGUGAAAUUUGAAACUGUGACCGCGCUAGAGAAACACAAGUUAACCCAUAAGAAGACGUACCAGUGUAUUAAGUGUCAGAUGUCAUUUGAAAGUGAGACAGAAAUUCAAGCUCAUGUUACUUCACACAUGAUACAAGAAGGGACCAGUCAUGAGUGCAAGUUAUGUCAUACGGUCUUCGAAUCUCCAGCCAAGCUCCAAUGUCACUUGAUUGAGCACACGUUUGAGGGUUGCAGCUGUUACACGUGUUACAUGUGUAGUACAGUGUUUACAGCUCCACACUUGAUCCAGCUACACAUGCUAGAACAUGGACUUAGCUCUCGGCCUUAUGACUGCGCUCACUGUCACCAGAGGUUCUUCUUUCGCGCAGAGUUAGAAAAUCAUUCCCACAUGCACAAGGAGAAUAUUGACAGUGGAAAACAGUUAAACUGUCCAGAUUGUACCAAAGUAUUUAAUAACAUUGUUAACUUUAACAAUCAUCGCAAGAUUCACGAACAAAAGAAUAACACUUUGAAGUGCUCAUUGUGCCCGGAACUUUUUCAUAACUCUGCAGACAUGCAACAGCACUAUUUCCGUUAUCAUGGAGAUUCUGAGCUUGAUGGUAAAAACAAAUGUUUUCCUUGCACGGAAUGCGGAAAGGAAUUCCCCUGUCUCAGUAACCUUCAGGGUCAUGUAAGGAUUCACGCCCAGGGAACCACGUAUAGUUGCCCAGAAUGUAAAAAAGAGUUUGCUCUCUCUCGAAAUCUAAAUAUCCACUUGCGUUCUCAUAGUGGAGAGAAACCCUAUGAGUGCCCCAUUUGUAAAAAGCGCUUUGCUCGUAAAGAAAAUCGAAAGGCACAUCUAAAGUCUCACACUGGCCUUAAACCUUUCAUGUGCCCACAUUGUGGAAAAACGUUCUCUCGCAAAUGUCAUGUUAAGGAGCAUAUGCGCAUUCAUAUCACUUCUACCACCCAUCCUUGUGAACUCUGUACUGAAACCUUUCGAUCGCUCAAGCAGCUAAAACGUCAUCUUAUGGAUGUACACCAACAACCCUACGAUCACGUGUGUUCUGUGUGUGGAGAUGUUUUCAACCAAUCAAAAAAUCUUCAAACCCACAUGCAAAACAAACAUGACGUAAGACCAACAACUAGCGAAAACGAUCUUGUAGAAGACCUGUCCGAGUUUUCUCCCAGUCAAAGUUCAGCAUCGGGAGAUAUCAAAGAUUUUGAAGGAAGUGAGACAAGUAGUUUAGUAGAAGAAGGAGACACCAGGGGUUCUUCGGUUUCUGCAGCACAGGAUAACGUAACUCUUCCAACAGAAGUUGCAGCAUGAUUUCGAAAGGUUUAAACCCUUUUAAAGGAUGGUUAGUUUGUGUUUGCCUCAAAAGUGACCUUCAGCAGAAACCUCGGUGCUGAAUACCAUUUUAGUUAUCUGGAAAAAGUAAAAACAAAGUGGUGUAUUGUAAAUACUGAAGAGUUACUAUACUUGUUUAUAUAAUAUUGUCUUUUGUGCAAUUAUGUUUUGUACUGAAUUCCUAUAUUUUUGCAUUCCCUGUUACAGAAAGCGGGGUGUUAUGGAUAAUCCAUUAUUUAUUGAUUUAUAAAUACGUAAUUGAGGUGAACCUUUCCAAUGACGUUUCUUUUUCUAUAAGGCAACAGUUUUGAUUGUUGUUUUUGUGUAGAUAUGUCAAGGAUAAGUCAUUUGAUACAACAUUUCUUAUAUAAUAAUAAUACCUCUUAACCGUGUUAGUCGUUUACUUUAUUCAAAGGAGUAAGGGAUGAAAAGUUGAUUUGUUUGGGUUAUGUUCCUUAAAGUUGGAGAUCUCCUGUAUAAGAAGAGUUGUACGCUUUAUUG